CGACACAAAUAUAGGAUGAGGGUGAGGGUGUGAAAUCCAGAGCAUUCUGCUGUGCUGCAGCACUAAAUGGCGCGAGGGCUGAUUCUCCCGUUGCGAAUGGAAACCAUGGCAUUUGCCGCCACUCCACAAUUCUCUUCCAUCACCAGAAUACCACUCUCAGUACGCACUAUCCCAUUUCUUUCUCAUCUUCCUCUCUCUCACUCCCUUCCUUCUCUCCGCUGCUACUCCCUCUCUGCUUCUUCUUCUUUGACCACCCAAGACGCUAUCGACAUGAACAAGUAUCAGGAAGCUUUCUCUAGACGAAUAACCAUGGCCGGCCUCAAACCCCACCAUAGUAUCGCUCUGGGAGUCUCUGGAGGACCUGAUAGUAUGGCAUUAUGUGUUUUGUCUGCCCAUUGGAAGACCAAUGGCCUUAAUACAAACCGCGAUUCUGAUGGCUUUGUAAACGGGCUUUUGGCUAUAAUUAUCGACCACAGCCUGCGUGCUGAGAGCAAAGAGGAGGCAAACAUUGUUUCUAGUCGAGUCUCUACAAUGGGAAUCAGAUGUGAGAUUGUCCAGUGUGAGUGGUCGGAUGGUCGGCCUAAACAAGGUCACUUACAGGAAGCAGCUCGUGACAUGAGGUAUCAACAUUUUCAGAAAGUUUGCAUCCAGAACCAGAUCAGCGCUUUACUUUUAGCACAUCAUGUGGAUGACCAGGCUGAAUUAUUUGUUCUUAGACUAUCCCACAACAGUAGUGUGCUUGGACUCGCUGGAAUGCCAUUUAUGUCUCAAAUUUUCUCCUCGUACACUCAUUCUUCUGAUUCAAAAGAUUAUGGCAUCCUUCUUGUGCGACCACUCCUGGAUUUUUCCAAGGAGGACAUGUACAAGAUAUGUCAAGGAGGUCAACAGACUUGGGUGGAGGACCCUACAAAUCAAAGCCUUCUAUAUGCCCGUAAUAGGAUUCGAAUGUCAUUAAGAGACUAUUCAUCAUAUAGAUUUAAUUCUGAGCUGCAAGCAGUUAUAUCUGCUUGUCAACAAACACGGUCAUAUGUUGAUAAUGUUUGCUCCUACUUGAUAAAUAAAGCAGUAACAGUAACAGAUUUUGGCUAUGCUGUCAUUGAUUUAGAGAUCUUAAAUCCUUCAAAAAUUGAAGUCAUAUGCCUCUCAAAGUUCAUUGCAUUGAUUUUGCAGUUCAUCUCGCAAAGGAACAGGCCAAUUAGAGGCAGUACUUCAAAAUUGCUGCUGGACUACAUGCGUACUUUUCCAUGCAGGACUUCCCUUACAGCAGCUGGUUGCUACCUUUGUCCAGCUCCUGCAUCUAGAGGCACCAAAGCCCUGGUUUGCUGUUCUGCUGACUGUCCUCUGCCUCAAUCAAUUGAGUUCCUCGAUGCACAGUCAUAUACAAAUCAUCAACACCAUACUGCAGAUGAUAUAGAGCAAAUUUUAGCUGAUAGCAAAUCGCAUUUUAGCCGUUUGGUUCCAGAUGCAUCAGAAGUGCAUUUUUUGGACACUGCCUCUGAAUCAGUUCUAACUAAAGCUAGAAGGCUCAAUAUGCUUAGUGAGUCAACAUACAAGAACAUAAUUUUAUUGCAAAGUGAAGAGGUCAAACAUUUCAGGUCGAAAAAGAAAGUAGUACCAGAAAGUGAAUCAAAAGACAAAGUAAAAUCUAUUAGUAUGUAUUCUGAACCACUUUGCCCUGGGCAAAUUUGUUCCUUCAUGAACCGAUUCUUUGUCACAUGGAAACCGAGCAAAGAAAUUCCUGUCAGUGCAAUAUCUGAGAAAGCUGAUUGCCAUGAUGAUAUGGGAGGGGGAACUUUGUGCUGUCAUUGCAAUGCUUGUGUGGUUGGGAAGGACAUGGUACCUGAGGUGCGCCACAUGUGCGAAUCUGACUGGCUAUAUCUUGCUGACUUGUUGAAGAGUCCCAUUUCAGAAAAUUCUCAACAGAAAAAUAUAGUUUCAACAGAUAGGACUAACAUAUGUUUGGAUCACGCAAGGGUUUCAGCACAACGAGCUCUUUUGAUCCUAAAAUCUAUCCCAGCUGCUGCCAGGAGAGGCUUACCUGUCCUAGUCAAUGAUCAAGGACUUCUACUAAGCAUCCCGAGCAUUGGCUUCAAAUACUGCCCUCGCCUAGAUGUAGCUGCAGUAUUCAAGCCAAGAGUUCCCCUCGGCGGAGGUCAUAGUUUGUUCGUAUAGUAACUGUAAAUUCAGACAGGGUUAUGAACCAACCACAGAAUGAACAGUAGCACUCGGGAAGUAAUUUGCAUGAGCAGCUUCUUCGCCAACAGACCACUUUCCUGUGGUAGAAGUUAGUUACAUUGCUUCAAAACAAGAUCAUGAAUUGGCAAUCAGACUAUAAUUAUUAAGACAAUCAUUACCAACAGCGGUUUGCUGGUAUGAUAGACAUGACUGGUUCCCAGUCACGCUGCAAGCCCCAACCCGUCUCUCACUUUGUCACAUUGGCAGAGUAACUUUUUUUCUUUUUUCUUUUAACAUAUUCCCGUUCUGUAAAUUAUUUUUUAACUAAUACAGAUUUUUCUAUCGCAA